AGUUAUGCGUGUAUUUUUAGUAGGCCAAGUACUUGAAGUACCGUGAGAGGCGACACAGGCGAGAUUCUCCUCGCCUGGAUGGUGUCGUGAAGUGUGCGGGUGCUUGUUGACAUUCCUCCAGUUCUUUCCACCGAGUGGCGCGAUACUGCAGUGCGCUGCCGAACCAAUACCAGUUAUUUUUCGUCAUCAAAUCAGCGAAAAUGAGUGCCAGACCAUCCAAUGUUGGUAUUGUUGCCAUUGAACAAAUUUUUCCAUCCCAGUACGUUGACCAAUCGGAGCUGGAAGCGUUCGAUGGAGUUUCGGCAGGAAAAUACACUAUAGGCCUGGGACAAUCAAAAAUGGGUUUUUGCUCAGAUCGUGAAGAUAUAAAUUCACUGUGCCUUACAGUAGUGUCGAAACUGAUGCAAAGAAACAAUAUUUCAUAUAAGGAGAUUGGAAGGUUGGAGGUAGGCACAGAAACUAUUAUAGACAAAUCGAAAAGUGUGAAGACAGUGCUGAUGCAGCUUUUCGAGGAAAGUGGUAAUUUCGAUGUCGAGGGUGUGGACACUACAAAUGCAUGUUAUGGUGGCACGUCUGCCUUGUUCAACGCAGUUUCAUGGGUCGAAUCCAGUGCUUGGGAUGGUCGUUAUGCCCUUGUCGUAUGUGGUGAUAUUGCUGUGUACGCGAAAGGUAAUGCUCGGCCCACAGGUGGGGCGGGAGCCGUUGCUAUGCUGGUUGGUGCUAAUGCUCCUCUUGUCAUAGAAACAAGUGCUCGGGCAACAUUUAUGAAACAUGCUUAUGAUUUUUACAAGCCCAAUCUCUCUUCUGAAUAUCCAGUAGUUGAUGGUAAAUUGUCGGUUAAAUGCUAUUUAAGUGCAUUGGACAACUGCUAUCAGCUGUACUGCAGCAAAGCAGAAAAACAUCUUAAUGGUAACAAGAUUAACUUGGAAUACUUCGAUGCAAUGAUCUUCCAUUCCCCUUAUUGUAAAUUAGUGCAAAAAUCACUGGCACGUUUAAUGUUGAAUGAUUUUAUACGUUCUCCUCAAGAUAUUCUUGCAAAGUAUCCAGGGCUUCAGAAAUUUCAAGGCUUAGAUCUUGAAAACACGUAUUUUGACAGAGACAUAGAAAAGGAAUUCAUGACUUGCAGCAAAAGUGCCUUUGAAGAAAAGACUCUUCCCUCUCUACUGUUAGCGAGGGAAGUGGGCAAUAUGUACACCCCAUCUUUAUAUGGAUGUCUGGUAUCAUUACUUGUAAGUAAAAGUGCUGAACAUCUUGCAGGAAAAAGAAUCGGUCUUUUUUCUUAUGGCUCCGGGUUGGCUUCCUCCAUGUAUUCUGUGAAGGUGGCAGAAGAUAUUUCAGAAGGAUCAUCUUUGAGACACAUUAUUGCUAAUCUUGGUCACAUCAGCACUCAACUGAAAAGCAGAACAUGUGUGUCUCCAAGCGAUUUUUCUUCUAUAAUGGAACUUCGUGAAAAAAACCAUCAUAAGGCACCAUACACUCCUGAAGGUCCCAUAGAUACGCUUUUUCCAGGAACCUGGUAUUUGGAGUCAAUAGAUGAACUGCAUCGUCGAGUGUACAAAAAGGUUGCCUAAUGUUUGUUUAAAGUAGUAAUUUUUUUAGAAACAUUGCAGUUUUAAAUAUCAAAUAUUUCUCAAUCAGUUUACUGUUUAUAUGAAGAAGUGUACCAUCCCUUGAUUUGUGUUCGCUUGAACUAGCUCAUUGAGAGAGAAACCAAUAGAAGUGUUGCUUAUGCUCUACAUGAUUUUGUGUUUUAUCAUGUAGAUGAAAUGGAUUGACUUUUCUUUUGUGCCCAAGGAAGUUGUUAAGUAAUGUAAAUACUUGGCCAUAAAAAUCGCAAUUCAAGAGCAAAAAUUCUUCAGCAGCAUUUAGUGUUCAACCAGUAUCACCUGCCAAAGCAUUUAUGAAUCUACUGUGGUGUUCCUGGUUCCUGUCAGUCACCCGUGCAGCAAUCCAAUUUGGUUGAUCUUCAUUGUUCCUGAUGUGUUGCUUAUGUGCUAGCAACAAACACAGAAUUUUAAAGUAUGACAUAAGAGUGGCAUUAUCUUAUUAUCUCUCUUUAACGUUUUGUUUCUGUACCUGCACAUCUCAUUUUCAGUUUGUACUAAUAACGACAUAUAAUACCAAAGAGUGAGAUUGAGAUCAGGGUUAUCUUGAUGUCACAAUUGACUUUGUGUGCUUAACAGAGCAUCUUCAUCAAUGGACACUGCAGUAGAAGUGGUCAUUAUUCAUGUAAUCAGGGUUAUAUUGUACUACAUUCCAUAUAAAGCUGCCUCGACCUUAUCACUUCACAUGUACCAUAAAGAUUUCUUCUGUGUGUCUAUGUUUGGUUGCUCAUUUCAUCUUUACAAUAGGGAUUGCAAAAGGAAAGGGAGGGUAGAUGCACAUAUUUGAAUAUGGAAAAUGUGAUUGUAGCUGGUGACCUUUUAAAUGUUUAAAUCUAUUUUGUAUUUUUUUUAGAUUUAUUGAUGGGUGAGUACUGUGUGUCACCUCCUGUAAUAUAACUGGAGGGUUCUGCGGAAGAAAGUGCUAACAUCGAUAUAGUAUGGAUUAAACGAAUAACUUUAU